GAACACUUGCACAUUUUCGGAUACACUUCGAAGUUUGAAGUACCCUCUCUCGUCGGAAGAAAGAAGGAACAUGUCCUCUUCCUAGUUCCAACUUGGGGGGUAGAUAGAGCGAGAAAGUGAAAAACGAAAACGUAAACGACCCCGUUUUAGAGAGAGAAAGUGAACUAUAUAAAAAUUUCUACUUUUUCUUUAUUAUGCUGUUUUUGGUGACUUGGGAUGUUUGAAUAGAGUUUUAAAAACAUAAACUUGGAGGCGAUUUUGUUGGGGUGUGCGUGUCAAUUUUCUCAGGAAAUUUUGUUUGCGUCUGUUGUAAGUUACUUACUUUCUUUCUUUCUUUUUUCUAAUUUUUGUUUGAUGGGUUUCUUUGGAUGAACUUCAAACGGUGGCCAGCUUCUCAGUGAAGCAAAGGUUUGAAAGAGGGGAACAUGCUACAUGGGUAGGUAUUGUAAUGAGGGACUUGGUUAUAGUUUAAGGUUUGCAGCAUGAGUUACAGAGAAAGGAACAAAGGGAAGGGAGAAGAGAAGGAAUAUGAGAACAGUACUACUGUGGGAUUGGAUUCAAAAUCAGUGAGUCACAACAAUGGUUCAAUAGAAGAGGAGCUGCUAACAAUUGAUGAGAAUCUUCUGAUUGACCCCAAACUGUUGUUUAUUGGGUCAAAAAUUGGAGAGGGAGCUCAUGGGAGGGUUUAUGAAGGAAGGUAUAGAGAUCGGAUUGUUGCGAUUAAAGUUCUGCAUCGUGGGGGUACGUUGGAAGAAAAAGUUGCCCUUGAGAAUCGUUUUGCUCGGGAAGUUAAUAUGAUGUCUCGUGUCCACCAUGAGAAUCUGGUGAAGUUUAUUGGAGCUUGUAAGGCUCCUCUCAUGGUGAUUGUUACAGAGAUGUUACCUGGGUUGUCCCUGCGAAAAUAUCUAACCACCAUACGCCCUAAGCAAUUGGACCCUUAUGUGGCUAUAAAGUUUUCCCUUGAUGUUGCUCGAGCCAUGGAUUGGUUACAUGCCAAUGGGAUCAUACAUAGAGAUCUGAAACCUGACAAUCUGCUUCUCACAGAAAACCAGAAGUCAGUUAAACUUGCUGAUUUUGGUCUGGCAAGAGAAGAAUCUGUGACUGAAAUGAUGACGGCAGAGACUGGAACUUACCGUUGGAUGGCACCUGAGUUGUACAGUACCGUGACAUUGCGUCAAGGUGAGAAAAAGCAUUACAACAAUAAGGUUGAUGUCUAUAGCUUUGGAAUUGUGUUGUGGGAGCUACUUACAAACCGCAUGCCUUUUGAAGGGAUGUCGAAUUUACAGGCUGCUUAUGCUGCUGCAUUUAAGCAAGAGAGGCCUAACCUUCCUGAUGAUAUUUCUCCUGAUCUUGCCUUUAUCAUACAAUCAUGCUGGGUUGAAGAUCCUAACAUGAGACCAAGCUUCAGUCAGAUUAUUCGCUUACUCAAUGAGUUUCUCUUCACACUCCAACAACCAUCCCCUUCGUUGCAGCCAGAACCUGAGAACAAACCUGAGGCUGUAACAAGUAACGGUACCAUAACUGACUUUUCUACCCGAAAUAAGGUAAAGUUUUCGUUUAUUCGGCACUUGUUUUCUUCCAAGAGGACCAAAAGCUAACCGUGAGAGUUGUAAAUUUAUUUAUAAAAGAAAAAAUCAUUUUGCUGUAAAUAAAAGAGUUCUCAUAGCAACUUUUACAAGUAAUUAUCUAAGGUGUAGAACAAUGAUGUUGAUAAACUUUUUGAAAGAGUAAGGAAAUAGAAAGGUUUGUUUA